CGGCGAAUAGUGCUGGGAUCAAUCAUGCAAAGUGAUUACAAAAAACUUAAGAUGUAGUAAUAAUAAUAAUAAAAUAAGAAAAGUCAGGGAGUUGCUCGUUCAGUUUAAUGUCUCUAGCCACCUGUGUCAUUCGCCAGCUUUGGUUUUGCUGGAUCCGACCCUCAGAUGGCGAACCGAUGAUAUACCUUUCUGCUGUGCUUUCUAAGCCUGUGUCGGGCUGUUUCAUUGUUUGCCCAAACAUCGAUCGUACGGGGGGCAGCGGUGGUGGGGUGGCUGAGGAAUUGCUGGUGGAAACUGAGCAGUUUUUUCCUCGCGGUGAAGCCCGAAAAGGGAUACAGGAGCCCGGAGUGUGGAGGGCCGCGGGUCACGCGUGUGCGGUGUCAUUGUUUGGCAUGAGUCAGAGUCAGCACAAGCAUGCACCGGUCUCCUGGCUGGACACUGUGCGCUGUAACCUCCCCCCCCCUGCUGAGCUGAUAAAAGCUUUCUUGGAGGAGCUGUUUAACAGAGUUUUAACGAAGUUAAAACAAAGGGGGCUGACCGAUUUGACUGAGGGUAACGCCGCAGAGGCAAAUCAUUAACUACUCACAAUGGCUGCAUCUCUGCUUUAUCUCUCCGCACUGGUGUUCCUUCCCAUGUUCUUCUGCUACCCAAAUUCCUUCAUGGACCUUGAAGAUAACGACCAGAACAGGACCUCGAUCCGUUUCCUGGCGGUGGGAGACUGGGGGGGGCUGCCCUAUCCGCCUUUCAUCACCCCCAUCGAGAAGGCUACAGCUCGCGAGAUGGGGAGGGUCGCCGAGCAGAUGGGUGCUGAUUUUGUUCUGGCACUUGGGGACAACUUUUACUACAAGGGUGUGGAUGAUGUACACGACCCCAGGUUCCAGGACACUUUUGAACACGUCUUCACGGAUCGCUCUCUGAACAUCCCCUGGUAUGUUGUUGCUGGCAACCACGACCACGCCGGCAACGUAAAGGCUCAGAUCCAGUACAGCCGCCUUUCCGACCGAUGGCGCUUCCCCUACUACUACUAUGAGCUGAACUUCCGCGUGCCGCGCUCCGACCGCACGCUCACCAUCCUGAUGGUGGACACCGUGCUGCUGUGUGGGAACUCCGAUGACUUUGAGGACCAGAAGCCCCGUGGCCCUGUGAGCGCUGUGGACGCCAACCGACAGCUCCAGUGGCUCCAGAAGAGGAUGGCGGCAUCCAAGGCUGACUUCCUGCUGGUGGCGGGACACUACCCAGUGUGGUCCAUCUCCGAGCACGGCCCCACGGAGUGCCUGCUGAAGAGACUGCGCCCCCUGCUGACCAAGUACAAGGCCACGGCUUACUUCUGCGGUCAUGACCACAACCUGCAGUACCUGAAGGAGUCCGAUGUGGGCUACGUCGUCAGCGGGGCGGGGAACUUCAUGGAGGCCGACACCCGUCACCGGAACCACGUGCCCUCCGGUUCCCUGAAGUUCUUCACCGGCCAGGAGUCCACCCUUGGAGGUUUUGUGCACGUGGAGGUCACCAAAAAGCAGAUGGACAUCACCUUCAUCCAGGCCAGGGGGACCUCCUUGUACCGCACCACUCUUCCUCGGCGGGACUUCGACGACUCCGUCGCCAGCCCCUAGCUCAGAAGAUAACAUGCAGGACUUCCCACUUUCAAGUCCUGCUUCACACACAUUUCCCCGCCUCAUAUGUAGCUAAUAUAGGAGAUGCUUGCGUUCCCAUAUUAUUAGGAGUAGGAAUCUGGUUAGUGGCUUAAACCAAUAGAUUUACUGCUUUUGUUUUAUAAUAAACCCAAUUAAUUAAAUUCAACAUUAGGGGGGGCAGUUCCCUGAACAUGUGGCAUUUCAUAACUGAACACGUUUUGAAUGGAUUUUUCUUUGUAUGUUUUUAAAUUUGACGUUUUUAAAUUCUGUUUCUUUUCAUCCAAGUGAUUAAAAAAACACACAGGACCAAACUGCUGAUGAAAGCUUAGUGAGAGCAUGAAACCAAAAACGCAGUCGGUGGUCCUGCAGGACUUUCCUUUAGCUAAUCUUUGCUCUACUGAAAGUAAUUUUUCCAAGAUGAUGUAAACUGAUGCCUUAAGCCACGAGUGUCAAACUCCAGUCCUGGGGGGCCAGAGCCCUGCACGUUUUUGGGUUCCCCCUCAUUUAACACACCUGAUUCAACUCCUUGUGCUAAUUACCACACAGCUCUUGAGCUGCAUCAUUUAUGGUGGAACAGGGAAAGAACUAAGCUACACAGGGCUCCGGCCCCCCAGGACUGCAGUUUGACACCCCUGCCUUAAGCUGUAUCAAUUCAAUCUGGGUAUGGCAUUACCUCUGUAAUGACAAGCGUUUUUGUAAUGAACCACAAAUGAUGUGAAACUGUGUCUGAAUAAAGUGCUUCAGGCAUUGUUUUGAACUGGA